AUGGCUUUGGAAGUUAUGAUGAAUCCAAGGUACAUAGAUCUUAAGCAGUUCGUUGUUUUGCGGCUUGGCGGGUUUCAUACAAUGUGUAUAUUCAUUGCUGUUAUCGGAAAGAGGUUUGCUGCUGCUGGUCUUCUUGACAUCGUAAUUGAGGCAAAUCGUCUUGGUGAAGCAAUCUUCCCGGUGACGGAGCUGCCACUCUCGGUUCGUCAACGAAUAGGCUAUUGUCCACAAUUUGAUGCUUUGAUCGAUUUAUUGACGGGACGGGAGAUGAUACAAAUGUAUGCUGCACUUCGUGGAGUCCCCAGUCAUGAGAUCAAUCCAUUGAUUGAAGAUUUAAUGAGAUCAGUGUUGCUAACGGAACAUGCUGAUAAGUUAACUAAAACAUACAGUGGUGGAAACAAACGCAAACUAAGUACAGCGAUAGCUUUGAUUGGCGAUCCACUCAUAGUUUUUCUCGACGAACCAACAACUGGAAUGGAUCCUGUUGCAAGACGACUGUUGUGGAACACUUUAUGUAGAGUCAGAGCCGAAGGUAUGAAACUGGUGAUGAAGUGGGUUUCCUUCCGGGGGGGGAGAUGUGUUGAAGAAUGCAAUUACAUGCAGUUCUUACCCGCCUAA